CGUCGAUCGGCGCCGUCACCCAGGCCCGAAAAUACCACGGAAACGAUCCGGCAACGCGGCGUGCGGCCCCGAAAUUUCAGCAAAUGCCUGAAACCAGGGUGGGUUUCAGUUUCCACAGCGCCAGCGCCAUCUACUCAUAUAAAACAACCACGGCAUCGCUCUCCUGGCCCCACUUCUGGUCAAGAGAAACUAGAAGGCAAGUUUAGCAGCAUCACAAUGGCAGAUUUGGCAGCUAGAGACGUUGAAAGAGCAACAUUCGUGUUCUCCAUCUACGACUUCGAGGGCAAUGGCACAGUCGACGCUGUCAACGUUGGUGACAUGCUCCGCGCCCUCAACCUGAACCCAACCCUCGCCUCGAUCGAAAAACUGGGCGGCACCAAGAAGAAGAACGAGAAGAAGUUGAAGCUGGACGAGUUCCUGCCCAUCUUCAGCCAGUGCAAGAAAGACAAGGAGCAGGGCAACUUCGACGACUUCUUGGAAUGUCUUAAGUUGUACGACAAAGAAGAGAACGGCAAGAUGAUGGCUGCUGAACUUUCUCACACCCUUCUCUCCCUUGGUGAAAGAUUAUCAGACCAAGAAACCGAACAAGUCCUCGCCGACUGUAUGGACAAAGAAGAUGAUGACGGUUUCAUCCCUUACGAACCAUUCCUCAAAAAGUUGAUGGCGUAAGAAGUUAAUUUUAGAUUUUUAUUUUUAAUUACCUGAUAUUCGCCGCCGUAAUUAUUAAUUAAUGGCUAAUUUACGAUCACACGUAUCGGCGGCAACCACCACCAGAAGUCAUGCUGAAGUCACAAGAUCUAAGGACACUAUGUACAUUCACCAGUGUUAAAAAGCUGAAUAUUUAUUUAUGUAUAUUUAAUUUAUUUUAUAACAAUAAAUUGUUCAAUUGA